CAAAGUCAGGCGGCGCGCGGUCAGGGACCUGGCAAUGCAUUUUCAUUUUCACUGAAUCCAUCGAUGGGUUGGUCUGUUCAGUGGUUCCUUCGAUUCCUUCCUGUUUGACAUUUGUUUCGGGUUUCUCCUUCUUUCGUUCCUCGACUGGAGGUUUAUUCCUUCGAAUUUUGGUAGUUGCUGUAGUGUCUGGUUCGUCGUUUCUCCGCAUUCAGACGAAUCCGUCGAAUCGUACUGAUUUGCAUUUUCCUCGUCAUUCGAAGAUCCAGUUUCGCCAGCUGUUUUCGUGCGCAUCGUUCGAUUGGGAUUUAUCUGGUUUUGUCACUUUUGUGUAUGUGAUGGGAAGUUUAGCCGAGAUGCACGUGUCAGUAGAUUAUCAGACGACGAAUCUGUACUGGAAAGACGACACCAGUCAGGGCUGGUUCGCCGGAUGCCUGCGCUAUGACAAGAACGGCAAUUCCACCAUCGUUGGCUGCCAUCCUGUUUUGGAGCCAGCGAUUGUGGGGCAUCUGGAGAAGGCCUUCGCGGCGGACAUGACGGCGCGCCGCCCGCUGGUUCCCGUCGCCACGCCGGCGGUGGCCGCGGUCGCGCCGCAGGACCCCGCCAGCGACCAGUUCCGCGUCGAUCCGGCCGUCUACGACCCAUUCGAUCCGCAGCAGUUAGGGGAGUUCGCCAAGAAGGAGACGGGUGGUCAGCCGAUGGAAGCCGCCGCUGCCGAUGAAUGGCUGGAUGAGAAUGAUGCGGAGCGGGGAUGGGUGCCCACGGCCUCCUCUUCCCUGUCCUCACUGCCCACCACGGCGCCCUGCUCACCGCUCUCCAGUCCCAUGAACUCGGCGGAGAAAUCAUCGGCGUCCGUGGAUUUUGCCGUGAAAGCGCACAUCAUCUCCAACGUGGAUCGCAACAAACAGUACAUUAUCGACUUGAAACCGGAAUUACUGAAGACUAUGAAGGAGGCCGGGAAGAACAAAUCGGCCUUCGAACUGACCGAUUACCAAAAAGGCAUCUUGUCCGUUAUUCUGCAAGAUCAGCCGGUGUUGACGCAGGGUCCGGCGAAAUCGGGGAAAACGGCCGCGUACAUUCUGGCCAUUCUGCAUCAGCUGAAGUUUGAGCACACGCGCCCCGUUUGCCAGUGCAUUAUCGUGGCGGAAACGUUCGAGAAGAUCGACCAGAUUGCGAACAUGUUGAUCACGCUGGGCGGAUCGGAGCCGGUGCGCGUGCUGGCCGAGCAGCCGGUCGGGAAGAAAUUCUACACCGCCGCGUUCGGCCGCGAUCAGUCUUCGCCGCCGCACAUCCUCGUCGGACGUCCGGUCAAGCUGCGCGAUCUGAUCCUGUCCAUCAAAUUAGAUACGAAGAGCGUGCGCAUGAUGGUCUUCGAUGAGGUGUCGUCGGUGGGUGUUGAUCCGGGGGUGAUUUUUGCCGUGCCCAAGGUGGAGCCGAGUCUGCUGGAGAAGCUGGUGAAGUGCGAGUUCGAUCCGAACGAAGUGGAGACGCUGCCGGAGACCCUGAUCACGGCCGGCUUCAACGAGAUGGUCUUCAAUCGGCCGCCCGUCUUUUAACCGGCACAUGCUACGACUCAAUAAGGCGGCGAUCCUCUUGUCUGUUUCUUUUUGGGUAUUUUCGGAAUGGAGGAAUGGUCAAUCUCUUUUGCUGAAAGAAUACUUUUGAUUAACAUUUUGCUUUUGUUUCGGAUUCGAGAUGGGAGAGUAUUGGUAGUCCUUUCGGCGGACGGUGUGGGUGUAUGAACUGAUUUAAUCGCAGAGAAACCUACGCCGAGAUUCCCUGUACAGAUUGCAAUAAAUCGCAGUGUCA